AUGGCCGAACGGAAGAUGUCAGAGGCUGGUCCCUCCAAGGUUCAAAUCCCCACUGUGUCAUUCCCUACGCAUAAUUCUCCCCGGGUGUGGUUCCUCACAAGUGCACUAUCACCAUUAGCCGUACGGUUGAUCAAACACCUGCUUGCUCAUGGCGAUUACGUUGCUGCGGGGCUCCCACCAGCCGAAAUCGAAGACGAUGAUCGAAGUGCCGAGUUUAGGGAAUUGAUAAACGAGUCCGUCGUUGGCACGGUCGAAGAGUUAUCCACCAACACCUACACCCAGAACCUCGUGCGCGACCAAUUCGAAACCAUCUUCUUCAGCCAAGUAAACUUCAUCAAAGCCACGCUCCCCCGCCUCCGCGACCGCCACAACGGCCACAUCAUGAUCCUCACCGGCAUCAGUGGCCACAUCGGCACACCGGGGAUGCCCAUGUACUGCGCCUCGAUCUGGGCACUGGAAGGCUACUGCGAUUCCCUAGCCUACGAAAUCGCGCCUUUCAACAUCAAGCUCACCAUCGUGCAACCAAAUAAAGAGAUCCCCGUUCUGACCAACAAGAUUAUCUUCGCGCCCCAGCUACCGCAAUACGAGAGUGGUAAUAAUCCGGCGCCGGGCCUGCGAGAUAUCCUGACGAAUGUGGUUAAUACUAAUCCGGAGACCAAGAUUAGUAGUCGCGAGAAUAAGACGGAUAUUGUGUCAAGGUAUCCCAAGUUGCCGAGUGAGGCUAGAGAUAGGUUGGUUAUGGAGACGGUGCAUGCUCUUACGGCUAUAGGGGGGCAUGAGAAUCCACCUGCGAGGCAUAUUGUAGGGUUUGAGGGCGUGGCGAGUGUGAAGGAGAAGUUGAAGACUGUUAGUGAGGAGUUGGAGGAUUUUGUGGAAGUCAGUUGCUCGGUGGAUAUUUUUAAAAGUGAUGUUCGGAGAGCUGCGCUGAGUGGUGGGAAUAGGGGGGAAGAAAGUGCAAGUGGUAGUGUGUCUGGAAAUACCGCGGGCCCUUCCAGUGGUGUAGAAAAUUUAUUUUAA